AUGAACAAUACUGGACAGCUUGUCUGGAAUGGUCCGAUGGUCAAUGCCAACAACCUCCGCGUUGCAUCCUUUGAGGGCAACUCAGUACUGACAUACUGGAGCGGCUCUAGCGCCCCAGACUUGUCCUCGAUUGAUGGUUCAUCUAAUGGCUGGGGUUUUGACCGCCUAUUCUUCGAGCUUGAUCCUAAGAGUGGGGACAUCUUAUUUCGAUGGAGUGCUCUUGAGCAUGUUCCUGUCAAUGAGACCAAGUUGGGUUUCGCUGGUAGAGGGGGCUUCAAUCAAUCUGUCCCGUUCGAUUGCUUCCACAUCAACUCUGUCGUCAACAUUGGCAAGCAAUUCUUGUGGUGGCAACAUUUUGCGCGUCCUCAUAAAAUCACGGAAACCUCAAUCACCGUUUCUUACUUCAACAACUUCAACGCCCUGGACAUCGCCAAUGAUACUCACCCAAACAAUGGUCUCGCACUCCAACUCACAAUUUCACCAAACAAGUCUAGUCCUCCUGUGGUUAUCAACGAUCUCUCCGAUCCAAACGAUCCUAUUUACCUGAUUCAUAAGGUUCCAACACAUUUCUACCCAAUGGCGAUAUUUUUGUGGACUAUGAGCUAUCGGGGAUUUAAGGUCGAGUGGCAGGGUUUUCCCACUACCAGUCCCGACCUUGUUGUCGACGGGUAUGGCAAGAGUUGUCUUGCAGGUUAUGUGAGCUGGAACGGCGCAACGAAUGUUGAGGAGUGGGCCAUCUACGAAGGAUGGGCCCACGAUAAGCUCUCGCAGGUCAGCCGUGUUGGGUACCAAGGUUUCGAGACCGAAUUUACAGUUGAUCGGACAUGCGCACAGUGA